AUGUGGUAUCCGCCUGCCGUCGCUCGUUAUCCAAACCCUCUGAUUGAGCCCCCUUCCUACGGCGAGAUCGUCUACGCCUCUGGCUCCUCCUCAGAAGGGACGGUUCGAUCCCGACGCUCUAACCGCUCCACAUCCUCAGACGAAGCUACUCCCCCAGCUCCCCCAGAAUCCGACCAGUUCACCGAAGAGGAUUUCCGCGCAGGAGGUCCGAACCUAUGCGAACCCCCCGUCGAGAACUCCAACGUCUUUCACGUAGCCCAGUACAAGGCUCUAACAACCCCGCCGACGCAGCACAUGCGGAGUAUCGCCCGGGUCGCCACGGACGCUGGAGUCCGCGUGAGGGAGAUUCGCUACUGCGCGCGGCGAUCUGCCUUUGCAAGGCCGCGGCCGGAUCCCCGGUUUACUGUGCUCAUCUACGCGGAUCGCCAUGAUCCUACGGAGCGCGGGUGGGUCGAUGCCGCACGGCGCGUUUUGCAGUAUCUGACGGAGAGCGGGAUUCUCGGCGCUGCCGUUGAGAUAAUCGACCCGCGCUUCGAUCGCAGGCCUAGUGUCUUCCCUUGCUAUCCUACUGAUCCGAUCUGGUCGAGAUGGGCCCGCGUUAGCCGAGACAUCAUUAACUGCAUCGACCUGCGUGGCGUACACUGCGUGGGCUGUUACCGGGUGGGGAUGAGCAGCAACUGGCGAGAGUGCCCUGUCACCAUACUUGUUGGGGUUGAUGCAAGGGCUCGGGAGGAUUGGGGGAAUCUCCGUGAGACGAUCAUUCGUGUCCUGGAUGGAUAUGAUCUGGGUAGCGUCAGCGUGCUCGUCCGCUGGGAUACAUUGUGGUUGGAUGGGAGGGACUCUCUGUCGCAGUCUGCACUGGCCGGGACGGAUAUUGGCGCGACGGAAGAGGGUAUUGCUGAUAUCACGCCGGGGACUAGUCUUCAGCUGCAUCAAAAGGCCAUGUAUGGGGCUGCAGCUUCGACUUUUGGGGGAUGGUUCGAACUUCGUUGGAAUGGUGGUGAAUGGAAGGCAUUUGGCAUUACGUGCACGCACGGUGUCAUACCAGACGCGACAUCACCAAUCAGGAGCGAACCUCUGGAUGUAGAGCGUUGGACGCGCGAUGGAAUCCGACUAGGUAUCGACAGGGCACCGAAAAUUCUAACAGUCGAAGCACCCACCAGGACCUUCAUCGAGUCGCGCAUAGCGAGCUUGGAAGAGUACAUCGCAGGGCAAACUGGGUCCGAUACCUACAAAAGAAUUGCACUGUUCGUGGAGGAAGAGAUCGAACUUGAAGACCGCGACCAGAAGACUUGGGACACGAUGAAUCGCAGAAUUGCCCUGUAUCGGUCGAUAAAAGCCACCUACACAUCCAUGCUAGAGAGAGAAGACUACAUCUUUGGCCGUGUGAUGGCGGCCUCAGACCUCAGGGUCCUCAGGGGCACGUCAGGGUGGAACGACGACAGAGCCGCAUAUCUCAAAGACCAGGCGUACAAUCUGGACUGGGCCUUGGUCAAGCCCCGGGAUGGAGUGAUGGGUAGUAACAAGAUACCUGCCCAUACCGCAAAGUACAACAUACUCCCGGAAGAGUUUUCUUUGAUUGAUUUCAAUUUCAAUGCGCUCAAGCACAACGAUACCCUCUUCAAGGUGGGAGCACAGUCCGGCCCCGCCCGCGGGUGGUAUGGGGGAUUAUUCGAGUGCAAGGUCUCGCGAUCCCUGGCCGGCGGGAGCGAAGACGUGGUUGUGACAAUGGAACACACCAUUGUUGUUGGGAACAGCCAAUGCGUUGUGGCACCGGGAGACUCGGGCUCGCUCGUCGCGACUGGAGGCGGAGAGGUGGUUGGCUUGCUUUUCGGGGGAAGUGAUGCACAGCAUCGCGGGUACUUUACUACUGCGAAGGAUCUUGUCGAGGAUAUCAAGGAGUAUACGGGUGCUACGGAGAUGCACCGCAUGAUGAUUUGA